CGGUCUUCACUCUUCCCAUUUGAAGAUGGCUUCCUCAGUGAUAGUCAUGGAGACCAAUCCUUGUCAUCUGGUCUGAGUUCUCCAACUCACUGUCAAAAUGGUGAACGGGUUGAACGCUACUCUCGGAAGGUGUUUGUUGGAGGGCUGCCUCCUGACAUUGAUGAAGACGAGAUCACAGCAAGCUUCAGAAGGUUUGGACCUUUGGUUGUGGAUUGGCCACAUAAAGCAGAAAGUAAAUCUUACUUUCCACCUAAAGGUUAUGCGUUCUUGCUCUUUCAAGAGGAAACGUCCGUGUACAAGCUCUGAUUGAUGCCUGCUUAGAGGAGGAUGGCAAGCUUUACCUGUGUGUAUCCAGCCCCACCAUCAAAGACAAACCUGUUCAGAUCCGACCUUGGAAUCUGAGUGAUAGUGACUUUGUGAUGGAUGGGUCUCAACCUUUAGAUCCGAGAAAAACUAUAUUGUUGGGGGUGUCCCACGACCCUUACGAGCUGUUGAGCUGGCAAUGAUCAUGGAUCGUCUCUAUGGGGGUGUCUGCUAUGCUGGCAUCGAUACAGAUCCGGAGUUGAAAUAUCCAAAAGGAGCUGGUCGGGUGGCGUUUUCUAACCAACAGAGCUAUAUUGCCGCAAUCAGUGCUCGUUUUGUUCAGCUACAGCACAAUGACAUUGACAAACGGGUGGAAGUGAAGCCAUAUGUGCUAGAUGAUCAGAUGUGUGACGAAUGCCAAGGCACGCGCUGUGGUGGGAAAUUUGCCCCCUUUUUCUGUGCCAAUGUGACCUGCCUGCAGUAUUAUUGUGAAUACUGCUGGGCUAGCAUCCAUUCCCGUGCUGGCAGGGAGUUCCACAAACCACUGGUGAAAGAAGGAGGUGAUCGACCUCGCCAUGUCCCUUUCCGUUGGAGCUGA